AUGGCUAAGGGAGAGAACAGCAAGAAGGCCGCAGGCAACGCGAAGAAGGCCGAGGUCGCCGCCCAGAAGCAGGCAGUCGAAAACGCAAAGAAGGCCAAGGAGGAAGAUAAGGAAUGGGCCAAGGGCGCAAAGGACAACUCCAAGGCUAAUGCCGCCGCUGAAAAGAAGGCCGAAGCUGAACGCAAGAAGGCCGAAAAGGCAGCUCUCCAAGCCGAAGAAGACGCCUCUCUCCCCUCUAAGAAGGGCGGAAACGCCAAAACCGCACAAAAGAAGUCCCGCGGCCUGGACCUGUCUGGUCUCGAUGGACCUUCCUCGCUCUCCGCUCUCUCCGCAACCGGUAUCGACAAUGCCCUGGACGCUUUGUCUUUGACUGGAGGCAGCUCAGACAAGAUCGACCGUCACCCUGAACGCCGCUUCAAGGCCGCCUACACCCAAUACGAAGAACGCCGCUUGGAAGAGAUGAAAGACGAGAAGGGUUUGCGCCGCCAGCAAAAGAUCGAGCAGAUCAGAAAGGAAUUCGAGAAGCACCCCGACAACCCCUUCAACCAAGCCAAUGCUUCCUACAACAGCACAAGAGAGGACGUGGAGGCUAUCCGCCAGAACGAAAAGGCAAAGAUCGAGAAGAGACUUGGCGGUCCUUGA